AUCUAGUGCCGUAUAUAAAACCCCCAAAAGAUUCACACCUAGGGUUUCAUACUCUCAUAUCCUCACUCACUAUCUACAACUAUUCAUCUCUCUGUUAUCUCAUUAUCUCAAAGAUGAAUGUGGAAAAGCUGAUGAAGAUGGCCGGUGCUGUUCGCACCGGUGGGAAGGGUAGUGUGAGAAGAAAGAAGAAGGCUGUACAUAAAGCGACCACCACAGAUGACAAGAGGCUGCAAAGCACUUUGAAGAGAAUCGGAGUAAACACAAUACCAGCAAUUGAGGAAGUUAAUAUCUUUAAGGAUGAAACUGUCAUCCAGUUCCAAAACCCCAAAGUGCAAGCCUCUAUCGCUGCCAACACAUGGGUGGUUAGCGGUUCUCCACAAACGAAGAAUUUACAAGAUAUUCUUCCUGGAAUUUUGAACCAGCUGGGGCCGGAUAACUUGGAUAACUUAAGAAAGUUAGCAGAGCAGUUCCAGAAGCAGUCCGCAGGUGCAGAUGAAGGCGCUACUUCCGCCGCAGCACAAGACGAUGACGACGAUGUUCCAGAACUUGUUGCCGGUGAAACCUUUGAAGCUGCGGCUGAGGAAGGACAAAAAUCUUAAGGUUAUUUUAAGCCAACUUUUGGUUGCUCUUUGUAUUUGUUUUGAUGUUUUACGUAACUUGUAGAGAUAAUUAUGAUUUUUAUUAGUCUUUUAGUCUAGACCCUAUGAUUAUACAUUACCUUGUUCGGCCUUAGGGUUUAGAUUUCAUGUAUGUUUGUUGUUACCUAAAGUUGGCGGUUUUGACCAUUUUGUUUACAAAUGGGUUGAUUCGGGUUAUGUUUUA